AAAUGACAGUAAUACAGUAAUGGCAACUACAGUGAGAAGUAUGACGGUUCGCAAUAGCAGCUUGUAAUCAUGGUAAAAUUCAAAUGUUGGCAAGGAUUCGGAGUUUUGUCGCAAAUUCCAUCUCCAACGGUUAUAUAAGGACCCGCAUCUGUCAACUGAAAUAGCUACUUUUCUUUAUUUCCCCAAACGCUAAACAUGUCCAAAGCUGCCAUUGCCAUUACCUCUUACAACGAUAAAUUCUAUGAAGACGGAGCCAAAACCGGGUUGUUCUUAACCGAAGCAUUACAUCCAUUUGAAUACUUCAGACUGCAAGGAAUUGAAGUUGAUUUUGUCUCGGAAACUGGGAAAUUCGGUUACGAUGAACAUUCAUUGGGUGAAGCCUUUUUAAACGGAGACGAUUUAGCCAUUUACCAAAAUCCCCAUUCUGAAUUCAACGUCACCAUCAAAAACCUCAAGGCUGCUUCUGAAGUCAAUGCCUCUGAUUACGCCAUCUUCUUCGCUGCCGGGGGUCAUGGUACCGUUUUUGAUUUCCCCAAAGCCGAUGGCUUGCACAAAUUGGCCCAACAAAUCUGGUCCAAUAAGGGUGUUGUUGCCGCUGUUUGCCAUGGUCCAGUCAUCUUCGAUAACUUGUACGAUACUGCCACCGGCAGACCUUUGAUUGAAGGUAAAAAAGUGACUGGGUUCACCGACGAAGGUGAAGUUGCCAUGAACGUCGACGGGAUCUUGAAACGUGACCAUUUGGAAACCGUUCGUGAUAUCUGCGUUAAAAACGGCGGCCAAUACGAUCAACCUCCUGAUAUGUGGGGGGACUAUACCACCAACGACGGCAGAUUAGUCACUGGGGUCAAUCCAGCCUCUGCCUCGUCCACUGCCAAAAAGGCCCUCGCAGUCAGUAGCUUGAAAGGUGUAUAAUUCUACAU